ACGGUAUUAUGCGCGGUGCCGCGGUCUUCUCUCUUACCGGCGUGAACGCGUGCUACUAUCGUAGGCAGCUGCUGCUGGUUCUACUGUGGUUCUACGGUAUUAUUAUGUAUGCCGUCAAGUUGUAUGACUGUCGUCAACCGUCAGGUUUACGACCAUAGAGCGACGACUGUUUUUUACAAAAUAUUUUGUUUACAUUGCCCGAUAAGCAAUCAAAUCGGUUGUGAGAUCAUUGUCAACGAAUAGUUUGAAAGCGGAAUGUAAUUAUUAUUAAUUUCGAUCUGUCGGCACUCGGCUCUCGCCAAACGACAGUAUUUACUUUUUUUUUAUUACCUACCUUUUUGUGUCUUUCCGUGCCUACUUGUCGAAAAUGUCUGCUCAUCAGCAACAGCAACAACAGCAAUUCCAGAGCAUACCACUGGACAGUGUCGAAUCGCAAUGGGAAAUGUUAUUUAACCGCUUUGACAGAAAUCGUGAUGGUAAAAUAUCUAUUAACCAGUUGCAUCAUGUCUUACAACAAGGAGCUGGUGAACAAUACAAUAUACCUCCUAAAAUUUUGGCAAUGAUUGCACAGAAAGCUGAUCACGAUCAAGAUGGAUAUAUAAAUUUUAGAGAAUUUUUACAUUUGAUGGAAGAAGAACCUGUAGCUAAAAGUUUGACUACAAAUUUGUUUAACAAAUACAUCCAUUACACAAUUGUACCAAGAGGUCCUCCUAGAUUGCGGACUGCAGGAGUGGAUCAUACAGAUGGGGAUUAUGAAGAUGAAUACUCUUGCAAUCCACCAGCAUUAUGUAUGGUUAUUGUUAGUCUAAUUGAAGUACUAUUUUUCACUUGGGAUGUUUUAAAAUUGAAAACAACCGAGUCAAUCCAAGGCCCUAUGGCUUCAACGUUUAUUUACAAUCCUCAUCGUAGACGUGAAGCUUGGCGAUUUUUGACCUAUAUGUUUGUACAUGUUGGACAGACUCAUUUGACAGUAAAUUUAAUUGUUCAACUAUUACUUGGAGUACCAUUGGAGAUGGUUCAUCGUGGUUGGAGAGUUGUGUUAAUUUAUUUAUCCGGAGUUUUAGCUGGUUCCCUAGCUACGUCAGUAACUGAUCCCUCAGUUUAUUUGGCUGGUGCUUCUGGAGGUGUUUAUGCUUUGAUCACAGCACAUGUAGCUACUAUAAUUAUUAAUUGGUCUGAAAUGGAGUGUGCUAUUUACCAACUUUUGGUAUUUGCUUUUCUAAUAACUUUUGAUUUUGGAUCAUCUAUUUACAAUCGCUAUUUUGUUAAUGUGGACAAUCAGAUUGGUUAUACUGCACAUUUAGCUGGUGCUAUUGCUGGUCUACUUGUAGGAGUGUACACUUUACGAAAUCUUAACGUCCGUCCGUGGGAAAAAAAAUUAUGUUGGUCGUGUUUUGUCAUUUAUGUGUUGUUGACAGGCUCAGCUGUGAUGUGGAAUAUAAUAUUUCCUGAAUAUUUUUCAAAAGAACAAUAUUAAAAGUUAAUAUCAUUAAAGUUAUACAUUUUGGAUCAAUUCUAGCGCACAAAUAUUUUUUUAAAAAAAAACUGUUGUAAAAAUAAAACUUAAAUGUUCAUUUAUGAUUGUAUUAAAUAUCAAUAUUUUAUUUAACAUAUCCAAUUUCACAAAAGUUAUGAGCUUUGUUACUUUACAUUAUAUUUAUUAUUUUAGUGAAAUAUACAUAUAAGUUAAUGUGUGAUAU